GAGUUUGCGCAAGUUUUUGCUAUUUAAUAACAUUUCCCAUUUUGUUGUAGGUCAGGUUUUUUUUCAAUUGCUCGGGCAAACUUAUUUUAUGGCUCGAGAAGAGACAAAACUUUAUAAGAGCUUCGUCUGUACGGUGAGCAGGUUGAGAAGCACAAUUAUGAUAUAUUCAUUUCUGAAGACUAUGAGAGAGCCGGAGGUGCCAGAGCUUUGAGCACAUAUUCUUUAAUUUAUUUGCGCAAAGACUUAAUAUUAGAUACGUCUUGAGAUAUCGCAUUUUACGCUGCAGAUAAAAGUGCGGCCGAAAUACGAAUUAUACAAGUUAUUCGAGAGUAAAACUCAGACAGAGAUACAAGCGCGUUCCCAAAAGAACUUCAUGUGAAUAGCAUGAGAAGCCCAUAUCAGGAGAAAAUCCAUUUUAGCAACGGAUAAAAUACAAAAAUCUAAUAGAAUGCUGUCCGAGAUGUUCAGAUCGGGCAUGUUUAAGAAAGAAUUUCGUCGCCAGCUGCUGGUUACAUUGAGUGCAAUACUUAUAACACUCUGUCAUGGCAUCGGAUUGGGCUGGCUGUCUCCGAUGCUGCCGCAGCUGCAGUCGUCGGUGGAGACGCCCGUUGACUUUGUGAUUGAUGUGCACGAGUCCUCUUGGCUGGGCGCCAUGCUCAGUUUGGGUGCUCUCACGGGCAAUUUUCUCUUCUCCUGCAUAAUGAACCGGUUUGGACGGAAAGUAGCGCUCUACGGCCUCGCCCUGCCGAACACGUGUAUUUGGUUUUUGUUCUAUUUCGCGGAAUCCAUUGAAAUGCUCUACGUGGCCAGGGUUUGCGCUGGCUUAACGGGCGGUGGCAUGUCCCUGGUGCUGCCCAUUUUCAUUGGCGAAAUCGCAGACAGGAGCAUUCGCGGCCGACUGUGCUCCUUCUUCAACUUGGCCAUCAAUCUAGGCAUAUUGCUGGGCUUCAUUAUAUCUUCGCAUGUGCCCUACCAUGUGAUUCCAUGCGCCGUAGUGGCCCUCCCUCUUAGCUAUCUCUUGUUAGCCACACGAUAUCCGGAGACCCCGCAGCAGCUGCUGCGAUGGGGUCGAGAGGAGGAUGCAAAGCGCUCUUUGAAGUUCUACUGCAACUGCGAUGGGCCGUCGCCCACUCGGGACUCACUUUACGCCUAUCAUAAGCAAUUCGAAGAACUGCGCGAGAGCCUUCAGCAGCAAGCCAAGAGCAGCUCCACUGUGGGCCUAAGCAUGGCUGACUUCUGCAACAAGCGCGCACUGAAGGCCAUUGUCACUGGAGUUACUUUAAUGAUAUGCUACAUAUUCACCGGCACAUUCUCCUUCAUCAACUACAUGUCUAGCAUCUUCGAGCGGGUGCACACGCAGCUGGAUCCCAACACUAAUACGAUUAUCAUUGGAGCAGUGCAGAUUGUUGGCACGCUGGCUUCCAUCUAUCUAGUGGAUCGUUACGGACGCAAGAUACUUCUAAUUAUCUCGUGCGUGGGCAGUGCACUGGGCACGGGUGCAUUUGGCCUUUACGCCUUCUAUGGAGAGGAGACGGACGCGGACUUAAGCGCAUUCUCCGCCUGGCUGCCCGUCACGAUAAUGGCCUUCACCAUAUUCCUGGCCAAUGUGGGCAUCAUCUCUGUUGCUAUGGUGGUGCUGGUGGAGGUCCUCCCACAGAAGAUUCGCGCUGUUGCCACUAGCGCGUGCCUGGCCUGCCUUAGCUGCUUUUCGUUUGUGGCGCUCAAAAGUUUCCCCCUAAUGAUGGAGUUCCUGGGACUGGCGGCCACCAUGUGGGGCUGUUCAGCGGUCAGCACGUUGUGCCUCUUCUAUGCGGUGGUCUUUGUCGAGGAGACAAAAGGCAAAUCCAUGAACUAUUAAUAUGGGGAUAUCUAAUUAAGUAAUUCAUUUAGCAAAACAAGGGAGAGCGAAGCAGCAAUACUCUAGAUUCCGGAUCCCUUGCCCGACACGGAGUUAUUCUGUAUACGGUUUUAUAAAAGAUGUUUUAUCAACAAAUCGCUUACAUUUUGUUUUUGAUGCACUUCGCGCUUUUACUAGAACUUGUGCUAGCUGUUAGCCUAACAGCAACUCUGCUGGAAUGACUGUUACGGUAGCCCUGGCACUGUUAACGCCACCGCUUACAUUUCUGUUGUCACCAGCAUCCAUUGCAUGUAUACAUACAUACAUACGAAUGUAAAUAAUAGAAACGCCUUAGAAUCACAGAUGCUCGAGUAGAAUUUACUCUUUCUAAAGUCUAUGGUUAUUAAAACAAAUGUUUUCAAGAGA